CUAUAUUUUAUCUCAGAAUUUUAUUAUUUUAAAAAAUAUAUUAAUUGACCUUUCCUUACAAAAACCCUAGUUUGACCUGCGUUAGUUAUCCGCUUCCGCUCAUCGGUGCCCCAGUGCCUCUUCCCUCCUCUCCCAGAAUAUCUUCUUCCUCGCAAAAAUGUCUCUGGUGGCCAACGAAGAUUUUCAGCACAUUUUGCGUGUUCUGAACACCAACGUCGAUGGAAAGCAGAAGAUUAUGUUUGCUUUGACGUCCAUCAAGGGUAUUGGAAGGCGUUUCGCUAACAUUGUCUGCAAGAAGGCUGAUGUUGACAUGAACAAGAGGGCUGGUGAAUUGACUGCACAGGAGCUGGACAAUCUCAUGACCAUUGUUGCGAACCCCAGGCAGUUUAAAAUUCCAGACUGGUUUUUGAACAGGCAGAAGGAUUACAAGGAUGGAAAGUACUCCCAAGUUGUGUCUAAUGCUCUUGACAUGAAGUUGAGAGAUGACUUGGAGCGCUUGAAGAAGAUCAGGAACCACCGUGGUCUGAGGCACUAUUGGGGCCUUCGUGUCCGUGGUCAGCACACCAAGACUACUGGUCGCAGAGGGAAAACUGUUGGUGUCUCUAAGAAGCGUUGAGUGCUUCAUAUAUAUUUUGAAGAAAUAUACAUUCGGGCAGAGAAUUUAUUUCCUUGCUGUUAAGCACAAAUUUUGGAUGUGAUUUUCUUGAUUUUGAGUUGUUUUUAAACCGGUGAAGACAAGUAGUGUUUUAAUCAAUCGUUUGAUCUUUAUCUAUUGCUUUUAAGAAUACUCUCAUUAUAGGUACUUAGAUUAAAUGUUGUUUCCUUGAAUGGUCAA